CGACCGACGACGAGCAACGGCGACGCGACGGGAGUAAAGUGCGAGGAGGCUGCAAAGAGCUCGUCGCUGACGGACAACGGUCCGCGCGUACCGCAGACCCCGUUGGCCUUUACCAUCGAUUUCAGCAACAAGGAGGUGGACACUGCGAAGUAUCAGAAUCUGUUCGAAAGGUACAACGCUAGACACAGGCGGAAUCUCUCCAUGUCCAAGGUAGAAGUAAAAUCGAAGAAGCCGAGCACUAUAUUGUCUCCAAACUUGGUGCAAAAGCAGAAAGUUCCUAGCACUCAUUCGGAGGGUUACUUCAGCAGUGAGGAUGAUACAAAGCGCAAAACUGACCAAUUAUCAGGAAGACUUAAACAAUUAGGUGCCAAGAAUUCUUCGAGAGCACAUUCUAGCACAAAGAAAUCCACGAAUGAACAAGUAGAUCCUUCUCUUCAGAAUAAGCAGUAUUUAAUGACAAGGUCCUGUGACGAUGAAUUACAUCACAACAAACUGUCAUCUCAAGGCCUCUCUUUAGAACUUGAAACCAACGAAAAUAUAUAUUGGACAUCCCAAAGAUCUGCAACGAUAAAUGAUUUAAGUCGUAUUCAAAUUAGCAAUUACGACGACGACGAAAAUGAGAAGCGAUACACAAAGAACAUUGAAUAUAUCGACGUUAAUCAUGAGUGUAAGGAAGUAAAUAAUGUAGAUGACAACAAAGUGUCUAAUAUGAAUUAUCUUCAUGAUGAUUUCAACAUAAAGAAUACAAACGAGAGAGAGAACAAUUUGUUGAGCGAUCAAAGAGAGCAAUUUGUCAGUUACGCAAUGGAUUUAAACGCGGACGAUAUCACGGAUACCAAUCUAGAUGUAUUUAACGUCAGCAACGUCGAUGCUAAUUCCGAUGGUGCGGUGAGCGAAGCUGGAACAUACACGAUUCACAAAGACUAUACCGACGAGGAGAAAGCAAGAAUGGAUAUCGACAAAGUUUUCAGCGUUGGUGUUCUAACUGAAGACGAAAGCAACGAAGCAUACGUUCAUAAUUUUAAGAUGAGUAUUUCACGCGAUAAUAAUGCAUGGAUAUCGGAAUGGGCUACUCAAGUAGCGGAGCAUAACUCUUUACCUCCGAUAAUAGGCGGCUCGACUGGUCGUACGCCGCCUUUGAGUCCCACCAAGAUACCAUCUCCAAUUCAUGCUAGAUCUCAACGAAUGUCACGCAAUCACUAUGAACAGUCACCUGACAGCAAUCUGGAUACGGAUUCGUAUGUACGAAUAAAAGAAAGGCUCGGUUUAGUUUCAAGUCAGCAUCAAAUCAUAGACUCCGGUGGAGAAUCCGAUGAUGAUACCAGCAACAGUUACAAUACGCCGCCUAACAGCUCACAGCGUACACCUGUACAUAAUACCGUAAUUAGACGUGGCAGCUUGUCCGAAGCGUUGUUUCGGCGAGCAAAUAGCAACGAAAAUAGGCGAAGCGUCCGAAAAUAUUUAAGCUCGGCCAAAUCGAAGACUGCUGAUAUUCAUGUAGAAUUAUUGAAGAGCCCGUCCCAAGUCUUGUCGCCUCUCCAUUUGGAGAGAAGAAGUAGCUCUCUAGAUAGGAAAGAAUAUGCUUCUGAUACAACGGAAUCUAAUACGUCCAGGAAAAAUAGUGCGAAAUAUAAAGAAGACCUUAAACAUGCAAACAGUCCCAUUUUAAGCCGUCUCAGACCACCUACGCCAAAAUUGACUAAUAGCCCAAUUGUUAGUCGUAAAGCUGCUGCAACGAAGGUUCUCAAUUCUCCCAUGCUAGAAAGACCUAAACAUUUAGCAAAAUCGUCACAAGCGAAAAAUAUAGGAUAUUUUACAUGCGUUGAAAAUAGUCCAUAUAUGCUGAGAAAAUCCAACAGCACUACGAAUUAUCAUGAAGGAACCAGUUAUUUUGAUAAAGACAUGCCUAUUAAAGCGCCUAGUAUGUUACAAAACAGUCCGGAACUUCAACGGCAUCUCAAUAUACAAAGAUCAUCGAGUAAUGCAAGCAUUAGGAACAUGAAAUCGCAGAAUCUCGUGUCGCGUCGCAGCAGUUUCAACAAUACCGAUAUUGACAGAAUAUCAUCAAGAGGAAAAUAUGCUUCUGUUGUUGCCUCCGAUAGUAGUAGCGAAGCUGGUGAACAACAAAGAAAAUCUCCCCUGAUGCCAAUCUCAUCUGGAAUCAAAUUGAAUAGAGCUUUCAGCAUAAGAAGAGCAAGAUUAAAUUGCGAGUCUGAUACAACGCCGAAUACAACCCCUGAAGAAAGACGUCGAAGAGCGCAAUCUGAAGUUAAGACUGUAGUACCUGUGAAUAAGCAGCAAAGUUAUCAUCGUAUUCGCACAAAUAGUGUCGGAGCGCACAGUAAAGAAUCGUCAAAGAAAUCGGAGACAACGAAAUUCAGAGCACCAUCCAUAUCUAGAACCGAUACUGGGAGAUUUAGUAUGAGAGCUCCAAAGCCGACUCAUCAUCCUUCUCUUAGUCAAAAAACGAAUCAAAAACCGAGUAAAGAUCACAAAAAGUCCGGUAGAAGUAAUUCCACUCUUACGUCCAAGGAGGUGGAGUUUCAGAAUUGGAAGCGGCGGAAAAGUUACGAUCCGAUGAAAGCAGCAGCCGAAGGGAGAAAGAAAUUAAUAGAUAGUACAAAGAAACAUCACAGUACCGAGGAUGGUUCCGGCAAUCAUGACAAUUCCGUACUGAGAUCUGCUAGUUUUCAUGGUACAGGGGGUGCUCUCUCAUUAGCCAACGAUUGGUCGGAUAAUGAAUUAAAUUACUGUUACGAAGACAAUCAAGUACCUCCGCCUAGUAGUCCACAAUUGGAGAGCGACAGUGAUUUAGAAACUUCGUCUUAUCUGCAAACAACUCAGAAUGUUGUAUCCGCAAUGUCUGCUCGCAUGACGGGAUAUCGUCCUCCACUCGUUUCCGAUAAUGAGAGUGACGAAGAUACGAGUCACAGUCUACAUCAGAAUAUAUCGAAAGGAUUACGCCAUCCCAGCGAUACGGAGAGCAGCGAUGAACAGCAUCCUAUGUCACAAUCUCCUAUUUCCAGUACUAAAUACAACAAAGAAUUUAGCUUGCGUAAAGCAAAAUUGGAUCUGCAACGAACAAAACCUGUGUCUUCCAGUAUGAACAAAGCUAAAAAUUUAUCACACGAUGCACAUGGCAAGUCUGAGUCGCUUUCCAGUAUCAAUAGAACAGAUUCUGGACGACCUAAUGUGCGAAUUAACAGAAGUCUGAACAUGGGGCCUAAAAGCAAACCGAAGGAACCAAAAAAGCCUUCAGCGUCAAAUGUACGGGAAGUCGAGAUGCAAAAUUGGAAACGUCGUAAGAGCUACGAUCCCAUGAAAGCUGCUAUGGAAGGACGAAGAAAAGCCGGCUUGGCAAAGAAAAAUGCAGCUCUCUCACCGAGCCAUGUAGCGAGAUCGCAGAGUUUUCACGGAUCAGUAGGAUUAGCAAUCAGCGAUUGGAGCGACGAGGAACCAGUCAUAUCCGCAGACGAAGGCCCACUUUACUAG